UAGUAGAAAGCCAUAAUGUCAACAAGACAUGGCGUAUAUCAUAAACAGCAUCUUGAAACAAUAUUUUAAAAAGUGUGAUUGUCUUUUACACGUUCAAUUUCCAGUACUCAGUGGAUUGAGUUGAGCUCCUCAGUGGUGUCAGUAGAAGUGUUUCUUAUCAGCCGGUUGUCCGUGUCUCUCAGCUCGGGGGUGGGACGCACCGGCGCCUUCUGCCUGCUGUACGCCGCUCUGCAGGAGCUGGAGGCGGGCCACGGGAUCCCUGACCUGCCUGUGCUGGUGAAGAAGAUGAGGCAGCAGAGGAAGAACAUGCUGCAGGAGAAGCUCCACCUGAAGUUCUGCUACGAGGCGGUGCUGAAGCACGUGGAGCAGGUCCUGCAGAGACACGGCAUCACCACCCCCACCUCCACCUGCACCCCCGCCUGCAGCCGGACCAAGCCUUACUCCAGACAGGAGUCCCAGCAGGACAUUGUCCUCGGGGGGGACAUGCCCAUCAGCUCCAUCCAGGCCACCAUCGCCAAACUCAGCAUCCGCCCCCCCAGCGCCACAGACCCCUCAUUGGAGGCCCCCUGCGGUGUGGAGGAGCACGUUGGCCCCGCUCUCGACUCUCUGAGUGACGUCCAGGCCCCUCCCACAGAGCCCCCCUCCUCUUUGAGCCCUCCUCUCACCUCGCCCACUCACUCUCCACCCCCUAACGGCCUGGACGCCCCCUCCUCACCACCUGCCUCCCCCAGCGUCAGCCCUCCUCCUCCUCCUCCUCCUCCAGCCUCCUCUGCUCCGGCUCCUUCCUCCCUGGAGCUCCUGGCCGCCAUGACCCCCGAGGCCUUCUCCAUGGAGGGCGGGGGCAAAGGGAAGCAGCGGGUGACCAAGCAGAGCUUCCUGCAGCCGGCAGAGGGUCAGGGGAUCCACGGGGCCCCCCGGGGGGAGGAAGGAGACGACCCCCUCGGCAGCCUGGACCCCCUGUGGAGCCUCGGGAAGCCCUGAGAGCAGAGCCUGUUUCCACUUUAACACCAGGCCUGUAGCGCUUUUGUAAUCCUGCUUUUGAAGUAGAAAAACACACUGAAUCCUGGGACAUUUUAGCAGAGUCGACCAUGACGUGCCUGGUGGGGGCGGACGGCGGGGGUUCAGUCGUGAAGUUUGAAACACAAACACACUUUCCUUUCAUCACCGGUGGCUUCUGGGAGCAGAUCACUAUGCACUCGUCUGUUUUCCUUCUGUCGCUCUUUGCUGCUUUUUAUUUGUCUGUAUGGAUGUUGUGCACUCCCACAUCUGGGCCCAAAAAGAAGAGGGAAAUCCCAGCAUGCACUCCACUUUCAUUUGGUGUUUGGCUGCGAUCGUUUAACUAGAAUAAUGGAUGCGUGGAGGUCAUCGGAGCUGGGUGGAGCGAUCUUGAAAACACCUUGAACUCAAUCAGUGGUCACACAAAUCAGCACGUCUUAACAAGUUUAUUCGUUCUUUUCUUCCUCUGUAACACUGUAAAUAUCUUAAAUAAAGUUAGACUAUUCCCAAUGUCCUUCUGGUACAUUUCACAAACUAAUCAUUCAUUACUGUAAAGGAAAAUGAAAUAAAUCCAGUAGACAAGACAGCUGUUGUGGUAUCAAAGCCUCUUUAUUUGAAGAUUAGUACAAAGUCUUGCACUUUUUUUUGUUUUACAAAAUUGUAAAUAAGUUAUUCUACUUGUAGCCAGCUGAUGAAGGGAGGAGCAGAGCUGGGGGUUAGCUGUUAGAUUUGUAUUUCUGUUUAUGUCGAGCAACAAAGCGUUACAUAUCUGCUUUUGUUACGAGGAUGCUGCCACAGGAAGUGUUCAUUUUCUGCAACUUAAAUCUUCAGAAGAUGCAUCCACAGACUUCUGAAAAGGUAUGUUUGUAGCAGCAAAAACAAGCAUCAUUUACUAAAAUAAAUUGGACAUUGAUGGACAAAUUCCUGUUGGAUAUGGGUUGUUAAAAGUCCAUAUGUGAUGAACAGACAUUCAGGGGGCUAAGACUCAAACAUCCACUCUUCCUCCAUUCCAUAAGGAAAUUGGUAACAUUUUGGGAAAUACUUUUAUUUGCUUUAUGGUGGAAUUAUAAUAGAUUGAUGCCAUUUUAUAUAAGAUUGAAAGCAAGCAUUAGGUGAUCUAUACACCAGAAAUGAGGUAAAAUGCUAAUAAAAUCAGCACUCAUGAGAUGGCUAUUUAACGUUAGAUAUGUUUGUUUUACAAUUAUCAGAGCAGUGGGAUUAUCAGUUUAUGUAAUAUCCAACAUAUUAGCUCUAACUAUCAUGAUCAAGUAUAAAAAAGUCAUGCUGAAGUAUAUCAAUAUCUGUUUUCCGUUCGCCCUUGUGGUAAAGUAAGCUAACCGUUAGCUUGCUAAAUUAACCGUUAGCUUGCUAAGUAAACCGUUAUGACUACUUUUUUAUAUUUGAGCCACGGACUGCCAUGAAUAUUGCAUGUAAACUUAAUUGUACAAGUGUUGAAUAUCGAUAAAGUGUUAAAUAAUUUUAUAUUGCGAUACUCAAGUAAGUAAAACAAAUCAGUUUCCCCCUGGUUAUUGUAAAGUAAGCUCACCGUUAGCUUGCUAAGUAAACCGUUAGCUUAAUAUUUAAAAGGGUAGUAUCAAUCUUCUUAUUUAACUCCUCCAGAAAGCGAAUUAUCAUCGAGCAUAUUUUCCAAAUCACUUCCUUAAAUCAAAUUGACAUUGCAAGAAAACAAAAAAAUA